GGCAUGUAUGUCAAUCAAGAAGCCACUGCCGUGGCCAAGAGUCACUCGCAUUGCCGAUGGACAACACUAUGGCUUUGCCCAGCUUGGCAACGAAGUCCAAGUGCAUAUUCCACAGCCAGCGGGCCAACGAUGUCUUCCGGCCGGCACCUAAGCUGACCACCAUCAUGACAUAGUCAUGGACAUGAAACCUCCUUUCGAGAUUAUUGUCGCGACCGUGCAUGCACAUAGCAGCGUAGUGCUGGAUAAGUGAGGGGCCGCUUGUGAAUAUACUUUCCUUGGAACUCAUGUUCACCGGAUGCUACCCACACACAUAAUCUCAUUCAAUGGACGAAUCCUGCGGUCAGGGCACUUCUUGUCAAUGAUUUCAGUAGUCUCGGAAUCGUGCUGGAUUGGAACUUAUGUAUAUACUUCAACCAUUCUUCAUUCCUGAUGUGAGACGCGCUGUACUUCCGAGGUAUUCGUCCUCACUUUCCGAGCUCAAUCGACGACCAUGACGAUGCCUUUCCAUGAUGGACCUGAAGUUGUGCCGGCAUACAGUGAUCUUGAGCCUGCUGAUGUACACCACCCGCCAAGGAGUUCCCGGCCGCCAUCGUGGUCAUCGCCUGUGCCUGUCUACAGUGCACAAUUUCCGAAACAAAACAGGCCAACCGAGGAAUCGUCUUUGAUUGUCGACGAUCGCGCAAGAGUGUUCCGAGAUGGAAACAAAGAUGACAUACCUAGUGCAAGUCCAUCGCAGCCGCAGUCACGACACUGCGGCCUCAGCAAGAGACGUGCCACUAUUGUCGCGGUUGUGAUCGGCAUCGUACUAGCAGUGGUGCUCGGCGUCGUGCUCGGUGUCGUAUUCGGUCGUCAGCACGCGGACAGAGGUGAGCAGCCUGAUUCCAAUUCGAGCAACAACAACGGGAACACAGCAGCACCAGAAGGGCCAUCUGCUCUACAAGCGAAGAGCAUGAGCGGAUUCGAUGUCAUGACACUCAAUGACGAUCCCGACAACCGAGUCUUUGGCUAUUAUCAAGCUCCAGAUGGCAGUAUUCGCGAGCGACUUCUGCGGAAUCCCAGCAAUUGGACAUCCCAAACAACCUCCGACCUGGUAGUACCGAGCAAUUCCACCAAGAGCACAACACACAUAGCCGCAACAUCUCUCUCGAUGUCCAAUACAGUCUGGGUGAGUUUGACCUUUUGCUGAACGAGGCUACACGAAAGCAGGGUGCUAAUGAGGCACUUAGAGAAUCGUGUUUUUCCUGAGCGCAUCCGGCCAAGUCAUGAUGACCAACAAAACCACCGGCAGCUGGUCAACUCCGUACGCUGUGCUCCAAGACGAUACUGCCGCAGCCAACAGUUUUGCACUCG